CCCCGAGAUUGGGACAGGGUGCGUUUCUGCAGCAGAUUAAGGAGAAGAUUUCCGACGCGGCACCACGACAAAAACUCCAGAAGCCGUACCCGUACGACGGCAUGUGGGUCCACCCCCCAGACCCUACGGUGCGCAAGUCGUUCAAGGUCGCCCAUUUUCAUCUCCGGCCCGUCUUCGUCUAGCUACCUGAGCUCACUCAACCUCGCGGGGUACCUGAUCGACGGCUCCCGUGCCCUCGUUACAAGAGCACGAAAGACGUGAUCGUCAAGGGGUGGCCGCAGAAAGGUUCACGCAGAGCCAUCCUGCGGGAUUCUUGCUGCGACCUCCUGGGCAAGUACUACAUGUGCCAGAGGUGCAUAGAGAACAACAAAUCCAAGCCGAAGGCAAAGUAGCAAGGAGCGAGUCCCCGUGACUUUCCAGGGAUGGGACGCAGACGUGCUGAUACAGCUCCCGUUGUACGUACAAGAGAGCUUCCCGUUCUUCCUGGCACAGAAGUCCGCUAUUCACCGUGACGUGGUCGCCGAGGUGACGGACAACCUGAUGCACGCGAAGGGCUUCUCAGCAUCGAGCGAGGCCUUGCAGCAGGCGCAUCUGUAUAGGUUCCAUUCCAUGGAGCUCAAGUACUACAGCAUGCUUCUAUGGCGCAGGGAAGAGCAGCUGGACGGAGGAGUGCAGGACGAGUUUGGGUCCUUUGAGGAUGCGGACGGCUACAACGGCUUUUCCCCUUCAGAACACUACUUGUCUACCGUAUGGUGCGAGCGGAUGCAGCGAUCAAGGGCCGCCAGGCUAGACAAGCAUGUGAACGGAGUGCAGGGCGAGUCAAAGUGGACACGGGAGGACUUUUUGCAGCGGCGUCAACAGCAAGUUGACGGCACUGUGCUGAAGGUGGACGCAUCGUUCAAGCUCGCCAAGCUUGUACGUGUACGAGCUCCUGGCGCUGCUGCAGACACCAAGCCUUUCCAUUGCGUGGUGACUUUGUUCAACGAGUUCGAACAGGCAACCCAGAUAGUGGUGGUGCUUCAGAAAGCCUUGCAGUCGGGGUCGUUGCGGGAACUCAAGCAAGACUUGAAGGCGCUCUUCGUCACGCGGUACAAAGGCGGUGGCUUCAAGCUGCCUCGACUCGUGAGCACGGACGAGUGCUGCAACGACAAGGCUCUGCUGAACGAUAUUUUCGAAGAGUUGGCUUCCGAGGGGCACCAGUUUUCGGUCACCAAUUCGGUACCGAUUGCUUCGGAGUGUCCUGUUCUUCAAUUGCCGCCAGACGUUGUUCUCGGAGAGCCUGUUAAGGCCAACCAGGAUUCUCCGUGCCUUAAGGCGGCAGUGGACACGACCCGAAUGCAGGCAUAG